CUCUCUCUACUUCAAAACACACACACACACGCGCACAGGGAACAAGCAAUAGUCCCACACGCCUUCUUCCCCCAAAACCCACCCCACCUCAACCCAUGCCAUAGCCCAUAGUCUCUCUCUCUCUCUCUAUCUCUCUCUCUCUAUCUAAAAUUCUAAACCCAAAACUAUCGAUAGGGAAUUUGCGGAAAGGAAAAAUACAAAAUCCCUUCUCUCUUUCGUUCUGGAAGGAGAAAUUAAUUGAUUAAGGAGAGCAGCAGGAGGAGGAGGAGGGGGAGAGUGAUGGAAGUGGACUUGCCGGAGGAGUUCCGGUGCCCGAUAUCGCUGGAGGUGAUGCGGGAUCCGGUCAUCCUCACCUGGUCGGGCCAGACCUACGACCGCCCCUCCAUCCAGCGCUGGCUCGACUCCGGCAGCCGCACCUGCCCCCUCACCAACACCCCGGCAGCACCCGCACCACUACCUUCUUCUUACCCUCCUUCUUACCCUCCUUCUUACCCGCAGCAGCAGCAGCAGCAACUCCUCAUCCCCAACCACGCCCUCCGACGCCUCAUCUCCACCUUCGUCCCUUCCCCUUCCCCUUCCCCCGAUGCUGACGGUGCCAAAUCAUUACAACAGCAGCAGCAGUUGUUUCGCGCGCUCGACCUCGCCUCCUCCCUCUCCUUCCCCUCCGACGCCGCCUCCCUCUCCCAACUCCUCCGCCUCGUCAAGCGCGGCGGCGCCGCCGCUCGCCGCCGCGUCGCCGAGGGCGCCGUCGACGCGCUCGCCGCCGCCCUCGCCUCCCCCUCCGCCGCCCUCGCCGCCACCACCCUCACCAGCCUCGCCGUCGUCGAGGUCAACAAGUGCACCAUCGGCGCCCACCCCGCCGCCAUCCCCCGCCUCGCCGCGCUCCUCCUCCGCCGCGGCGCCGGCGCCCCCCGCGAGCGCCGCGAGGCCGCCACCGCGCUCUACGAGCUCUGCAAGUUCCCGGAGAACCGCCGCCGCGCCGUCCGCGCCGGCGCCGUGCCGCCGCUCGUCGCCUUCGCCGCCGCCGGAUCCGAGCGGGCCGUCGAGGUGCUAGGGCUGAUCGCCAAGUGCCAGGAAGGUCGGCAGGAGAUGAACAAGGGGGCCGGCCGCCUCAUUAGGGUUUUGUGCGGCGUCCUCCGGGCAGGGAGCCCGCGAGGGGUCGAGAACGCCCUUCUCGUUCUCAACUUGGUGUGCUCCUACAGCGAGGAAAUGGCCGCCGAAGCGAUCGAAGAGGGAGCUUUGGAUCUCUGCUUACCCCAUCUCGCGGAGGCACGGAACGGGAAGAUCGCGAAGAAUGCUUCAGGCUUGGCACAGACGCUUCAGAAGAUGCAAUUGAGCGGCUUCGUGUGAGUCAGGUCUCUCUCUCUCACACACACACACACUCUCUAUCUCUCUUCUCUUAGAAAUUUUGUUUAUUUAGGGUUUCUUCAAAUCAAAUGAUAGAGGUGAAUCGAGCUCCGAAUGCUGCUUAUUAUGAAAGGUUUGUUCUCUUCUCUACGUCUGCUCAUGGCGCUUAAUCUCUGUAAAGGAAAAAAAGAAAAAAAGGAAAAGAAAAGAAAAGCGGGGUUCAGGAAAAAGGUCUUUCUCUUCUAGUUUUGUAAUAUAGGAGGAAUAAGUAGUCCUGUUCAUAUCGAGGGAAAAGGUUUAAACUUGUUAACUGAAAUGUAACUCUGGUCAUGGAAAUCCAGUCAUCUGAUAGUGUUAUCGAUGCUACUACAUUCAAAGUUGUUGGGUAGAUUUUUGCUUUGAAUGUGCUUGUUAAAAAGAAUGUGCUGGAGUGUUUGUUGCGCAGCUCAA